AUGGACCUACUGGCACAAGUCUCCGCCGACACAUCCAUGUCAAUGGAAGUGGAUACCGAAACACCAGUAGUCAAGGCCGAAGACGGUGCCGAAUCACCAUCCACAACCAAAGUAUCUUCCAAUACUACUCCCCACAAAAAAGUGAAAAAAGUGAAAAAAGUGAAAGCAUUGGAAUCACAAACACCACCAUCGCCAGCAACAGAUCAAUCCGCAACGAAAACAGUAGUAAAGACAGAGGCAGCAGCAGCAGCAGCAGCCACAACGAAAGCCACAAAGCAAGAACCUAUUGCCGAAAUUAUUCCGCCAAGACCAGUCUAUUCGACUUGGAGAGUACGAGAUGCAGCCCAUUUCUUGCUCCAAGAAAAGGUUCCACCACCCACCAAAAGUCGAAUGAACCUUUCGUCACAGUUUGAUGUCGAUGCUGCCUUGGAGAGAUUGAAACGAGACAAGAUUUCUGUAGUCAAAAAGGCCUUUGAUGCCGCAGCCUCUACUAUUUUGGAUCAUAUUCAACAAGGAAGCAACAACGACGGUUUUUACGAUCAUGAAUCCAUUCAGGACGAAGAUUUACCACCCAUCUUGUCAGAUGUCAAAAAGUUGCAAACAAUGAGACUCGCUAGUAUCGAACGGGCCUAUGACAAUAAGGAUCCUACCAAGCGCAAACUGGCCCGCCAACAAGAGACCCCCCUCAAUUUGUCGUCCCUGUUCAAGUCCAAGAGAUCCGCCAAGAAAAAAACAGAAGCACCCAAGUUUACACGAAACACACCGGCGUCGUCAAUGGCAGCAUUGGAUGCCCGAUUGACGAGCUCUAGGGCUAUUUUGUGCACGGCGGCCAAUGUGACCUUUGAGAGUUUGACGCCGCCCUUGGAAGGGCUGGAAGUGGACAUUUCGGACGUUCCACAAAAUCCCAACAAGGCUGGUGCUGACAAGUCGACACACAAGGAAGACGGUGACGAUGAAGAUGACACUACUGAUGCAGCUACAGUGAGCAACAUGGGAGCCGUGGUAGUCGAAGCCCAAUCGCUGGGACAACGGAUUGAAGCGGUGGCGGAAAAUGCUGCCAAACGAUCCAGUCUUCGGUACAAGUAUCGGAAGGAUAAUGCACGAUUUGACAAACCAGUCAAGCCAUUCUUUCAAAUGAAGAACCCAUUUGCUUGGAAGGAAAAAGAAGGUUCGGACGAGGAAGAAGAUGAUGAUGACGAUGAUGAAGUUCCAAUGUACGAGUAUAACCCAACGGGUGAGGCUUUGACAGAAGCUUGGACCACUGUCUGUCGGCCAAGACUAUUGUCUAUUUUGCAUACGGGGGCUGGUCAUGCAAUCUAUCACGAUGUGAAUUGGCCGUCAAGGCAUGGUCGGAUUGCUAAUCUGCUGUCCAAGCUCACCACAAAGGACAAUAACUAUGGACCCCAUCUCAUUGUCACAGUGGAACCUGAUGUAGAUCGAUUUGCCCAAGAAUUUCGUCCCAUCAACAGUCAUUUGAGACUCAUGUCCAUGGAUAAUGUCGACUCCUUGCGAUGCUUGAAAUAUGCUGGUACAUCGUCGCAACUCUGCAAAUUGCGGAAGCAAUUUCCCGAUGCUAACGGUCUUCCUGAGGCACCCUUUCACGUGAUUGUGACGUCGUAUGCGCAAUUCUUGAGAGAUUACCUGCACUUUUGCCAAAUGCCGUUCGAGGCAGUCCUAAUGGACGAUGGUGUGUCGUGGUUGGCAGCUGCACAAGGGGAUCCAAACUCUCCCAUGGGAAAAAUUUGGGAUGAAGCCAUUUGGAGCAAGAGUGAUCACCAAAUGGGGUUGGCGGGUACCAUUGAAAAGGAAUGGGACUAUUCCGUGGACACUUUUGACGAGACGACCAUCAAAGAGGCGUGGGUUGGAUUAACGGCACGGCAUCGCAUCGCCACUUCUUCCAUACUCAAAGUGCAGCAGCGUGCAUCUUUGGAUACUUUGCCAGUUGAGAGAAUUGUCAAUUUCAUUCUUCCGCACUUUGCCGAGGUUACCCGUGAAGAGUGGGAUCGGAGCCGAAUCACCAACGAUACUGCUAGUAUGAAGCACUUUCGUAAACUUCUGACGCGGGCAAUUGUGGUGCACGAUUCGACAAAUGAAGACUUGGAUCCCUACAAGUUGGCCAUCGAAGCGUUGCAAGGGGAUUUGCCAUCAGUAGAGAAGUCUAACGAUCCAGAGGUUCCAGAACUUAUUCCUGACGAGACAUUUGUAUCUGAUGGAAAGGUAGCGGCUUCUCGCCGCAGUGCACUACAAUGGCUUGGAUCGUCGGAUGAAUCAUGGCUGAGAUACGAAUUGGGCAGUGUCCAGUUCAAGCAUAUCCUAGAGGCAAUGAAGAACUCUUCUUCAUAUGGUCAUAUCUGUGAGGAAAUUGUCACAGCUUCUAUAUUGACCUCGACUGGGGCCACGGGGCAAGUUGCUGGAAGCAUGGCGUAUCGCCCAGCCGUUCGAUGUGGACGACACUUUGGAUCCGAGCAAGGGCUUAGGCAGCACCACUCUGCCCUCCAUGCACCCCCGGGAACAUGGCUUUGUCGUAUCUGCAGUGUGGAUUGUGUGACCAGUCAAGCCAGGACGCACCACGAAAGAUCGUGUGGGCAACCAAACGGUGGACUUGAUAGCAGCAAUGGCUUGGGAGCUUCUACUAGUGGACAAAUUGGAAGGGGAGGUGCAUACAAAGGGCCGACGGGGAUUGUCGGGAAAAAGAAAAGCAACAAAACGUCACAAGCAAACGUUCCUGUCAAGGAAAAAGAUUCCGACGGUUCCAUACGACUUCCAGGUUAUCGUGGAGUUUGGGUCAACCAGGCGGGCAAACACUUUGUCAAGGUGGAUGGAGCUCGUGUAAGUGGAGAAGAUUCCGAUGUUAUUUAUUUCGAGACAGCGGACGAAGCUGCCAAAAAGCACGAUGAAUUCAUGAAAUCAAAGAAACCAAAAGGAAAAGUUGAAUAUAACUUCAAGGAUGACGGGAAUCGAAUUUUGUAUGAAGAUGUAUCAACAACAUCCACCACCGGCCUUGGUGGAGGCGCCAACAGUGUUGUUCCUGCACUAUCAGUGAUCAAUAUCAAGGAUCUACCCCCCGAGGUCAAGCCACUGCUGCGCGACCCAAGACAAACUUCGAGGACUGGUGGAAAUUCAAAGCGACACGUUUAUGCCUAUCGAGGUGUUUGCCGCCAAGCCAGGAAGGGGCACGACAGAUGGCAAUCCCAAAUAUCAUUCAUGGGUGUCAAUCAUUACCUUGGAACAUUUGAUUCGGAGUGGGAUGCCGCAGCAAUCUAUGCAUGGGCACACUUGAUUCUAUACGGCGAGGAGGCGACAAAGCAGGCUCAAAAGGAAGGAGAAGAGGCAGCUGCAGCAUAUGAACAAGAAAAGAAAGACAUUGCAGAGGGUAAGAUACCAGCAACUCCGCCAAAGAACGAAAAAAAGAAGAAGCAGGGAGGAAAGAAGAAAGCCGAUGGAAAAGACGACGACGAAGGCGAGGGCGAAAGCAAGACGGGACGAAAGAGGGGACGUGCGACUAAGGAUGAUGCAGGGGGCGAGAAAAAGAGAAGAGCAUCUGCAGACAAGGAAAGUCUUGCACCAAUCCUUGCAAAAGGUGUUGGAAAGGCGGUUGUAUUGGCUCCGAGACCUCAAUUUGCUGAGAAUGGUGACAUGCAGCUGACAUCAGAAACUGCUACAAGGCUACUUGCUGCACGAAAACUGCGAUAUUGUGUUUCAGAUGCUAAUGAGCCUGCGCCAAUCGCGAUGCAGUACAGGCCUUGCUUACCAGGCAACCCAGAUAUCACGAAUCCAGCUGGUGCCAUGUUGGUCGGACUUUCUUCGGUUUCUUUUGGUUGGGAUGAUAAAGAAUAUGUUGCAAAUUGCUUUGAUGAAUCAUCGGGAACGAAUGCCGAUCGUGCUUUGAGUGCCCUUAUUGCCCAAUACAGUGAUCAGGGUGUCAAUGAUUCUUUCCGGACCCUUGUCCAAGGAACUUCUACUGUCAUUGGCUGCGCUAGUGAGAGAACUCGGCGUAUGAACGAGUCGCUUGGCCUGAGAUCAGCAGCUAUAGGUGGAGUUAUUGGUUCUAUGGAUUGUCACAUUGGAGGGAGCCCCAUUGGGUGCAGUGAAAAAGCAGCCUAUAUUCGUUAUUCCCCAACGGAUUCAAGCGACUUUCAAUUUUGUGCUCUAUCAGACAACGAUUUGGUGACUAUAAACGGGCGACGAAUCACACCAAAAAUGGGUUGCUUUCCGCUUUGCAAUGACGAUGUCUGCACUGUUGGACCACGUGUCUUCGCCUUUUUGCUUCCUACCGAAACCUAA